AAACAAGAAGAAGAGGAAGAUGGAGAACUAUGACAGUAAGCUAAUUUGGUAAACAGACAGCUAGCUGGCCCUUAAAAGCUUGGCGUUAAACAAUGUACCAGUCAAGAUGGGGCAGACCCUUUGCAUUUGCUCCCGUGGUUCCGUCACCAUUGAUAACAAAAAAUAUUACUUUGUCCAGAAACUAGACGAAGGGGGGUUCAGUUAUGUUGAUCUGAUAGAGGGGGCAAAGGAUGGGCGCUUCUACGCCCUGAAGAGGAUUCUAUGCCAUGAUCGUGAAGGCCGUCAGGAGGCUCAGACAGAGGUGGAGAUGCAUCAGAUGUUUAAUCACCCCAAUGUCUUGAGCCUGGUUGCACACGCCUUUGUCGAUCGUGGAGGCAAGACUGAAGCCUGGCUACUUCUGCCCUAUAUUAGAAAAGGCAGCCUGUGGUCUGUUCUGGAGAAGCUAAGGGACAAGGGGAGCUUAAUGCCUGAAAAACAGAUUUUGCAAAUCUUGCGUGGCAUCUGUGCUGGACUCAAGGCCAUUCAUGAAAAAGGCUAUGCACACAGAGAUCUGAAGCCCACAAAUGUGCUUCUGGAUGAGGAUGACAGGCCUCUUCUGAUGGACCUUGGCUCUAUGAACCGUGCCAGGAUUGAGGUUAGAGGAACCAGAGAAGCCAUGACCAUACAGGACUGGGCAGCGCAGCGGUGCACCAUUUCCUACAGGGCUCCUGAACUCUUCAAUGUAGAGAGCCACUGCAUUAUAGAUGAGCGCACUGACAUCUGGUCACUUGGCUGUGUGCUUUACUGUAUGAUGAUGUUGGAGGGGCCGUAUGACAUGGUAUUUCAGAAGGGGGACAGUGUUGCCCUGGCUGUCCAGAAUCCAGUGACCAUCCCACAGUCUUGCAGUUACUCGGAGGGUCUGCAGAUGCUGCUGAGUUCCAUAAUGGUGUCAAAUCCCCAGGAGAGACCAAACAUCAGCUGGGUUCUUGACCAGGUACAGGACCUGCAGAGUCGCAGCCCCAACACUCAAACCAACAUGGUCUGAUCUUGCACGGUGCACUGGAUGUCGGGUGUUGGAAACCUUUGCACACAGAAUUGAACGUCUGUUAUGUUGAGCUUGAAAAUGUUUAUUUUAUUUGUUGACUUUAGUGUAAAAACCUAGGUGCAGACUUUCACUCAGUUUGGGGAGCUUGGCAACAGCAUAAGCUUUAAAUCCGACCUGUGUAGACUCUUGUAUUCCUCAUAGACUUAAAUUAUAAGAAGAUUUUGAAAUGCCUUAAAUGUAAUUUCACCCUGCAAUGCAAUCAUUUUUGGCAAGGGUCAACUGUUUCCUCCAACAGUGAAGUGGCUUUAUCUUGUAAUCUUAAAGGGAUAGUUCAGCAUUUUGCAAAAUACACUUAGUGCUUUUUCCAAGAGUUACAUGAAAAGAUAGAUACCACCCUCGUGUCCGCCCUUUUAUUGUGAAACUGGAGCCGGCAGCCUGUCAGCUCAGCUUAGCAUAAAGAAAUGGGGCUUGCCCACCUCUGUCCAAAAGUAACACAAUUCUAAAAAAGAAAAAGUUCUUAAAGUAACUAAUUAUGAGACCUGGUGGUUCUCUUGUUUUACUCUAAGUUUUUUUAUGUAUUAGACAAACUAGAUAUUACAUGUAUGAUCAGAGAGCUUUAUAGAUGCUUUUAGGCUGCUUUUGUUACUUUUAGACAGAGCCCGGCUAGCUGUUUUCCCCCCUGUUUCCAAUCGUAAAUGUAAGCUAACCAGCUGGCUGUAGCCUUGGUGAAUAAGCUCAUUUCUAAGUAUGCGUUACAAAAAAAGUUGUCACUUGCAUUAUUCUCAACAAGAAAAGGGAUAACGUAAAAGCUGUGCCAAACUUUCCACUGUAUGAAAGCUACCUGAGCUCAACACAUAUCAAAUUCCAUUCCCUACCAAGAAGGAAUAUGGUCCAGUUCCCUUUAUUUUUGUUCUCCUGAUUCCUGAGGUUUGUGUGUGUAACAUCUUGUGGUUACACACGAGUGCUGUAUUCAACAACUUCGCCUUCAGCUUUUCUCCACACCUUCACUCGUACUGUUUGUCUUUACUUGGGGGGAAAGCGAAGAGGCAGAGUGCUCCUCACCUGCAAUGCUGCAUUUGAACACACAGAGGUGCUCCACCAUCACAGUCCCCUGCUCCACACAUUGAUGUGAUGUUUCUGACUGUACGGUUUAUAAUGUGUGAAUGGGCUCUUAGCUUACACACACAAAAAAAAAUCUUCAAGGAGAAGGGUUCAGGUGUAACUGUAACAUACCUUAACUGCAGAAAAUGAACUUUUAAUUAGUUUAAGGAAUUGCUUCUUUUUAUUAAGUAAGUCAGUGUCAUAUCUGCCUGCAGAGUCUAACCUUCACUUUUCACUGUAUUGUGUUUUUAAACUGUAUUUUCCAUUUCAGCUAUGCUUGUGUUAAAUUCUAGGUUUCCUGUCGUAUGAAUGGGGUCUCACACUUUUGUUCUCUCAGGGUUCAGCCACAUCUCAAAGGGUCCGACAGUCUGAAGUAUAAUAGACCUAAAUGGUACCUUUUAACGUGAUUAUUAGAUUAAAAAAAAUAAUACUUUGGGCAUUUAACUUAACAUUAAUGCUUUUGUGACUCUGUAUUGCGAUGAUGAUGGACCAUAUUAGAACUUUAAAAAAAAUCCUUGAUUGUUAACUUAUUCAGUUAAUUGUUGGAGCGGUAAAUGACAUACUGUUUAAAUAUGCUGACUAUGAAUUCUUGUGUUGUUGUCGAGGGCGAACUAAUACUGGUAUCAACCAGAUGGUAAACAAAGGAUUUUUUAAAGUGUGCUGAUGGAGUUAAAAAAAUAUUAAUAAGUAAGAGUGUGUUAUUUGAUUAUGGAAAUUUCUGUUAAGUUUGUUUUAAUUUUAUUCACUGCACAGUAAAGGAUAAAUAAACAUUAAAUAUGUAGCACUCUGUA